UUAUAUUGUUAAUGUAUUUGCGUUUAAUGUCUUGUGCAUUUAAAACAAACUCGUGUUAUGCAGCUUAUGUGGGGCUUUCCACGCCAAUCCUUUUUCAUUUUUUCACGUGAAACCAGGUCCUAGCCUCCAACCCUACCCUUAUAUAUAUAUAAAUACAAACAAUUACCCUCCACCCGACCUCCAACCCAUAAAACCCAAAAACCAUAUCCCUAUAAUUCUUCAUCAACCUCACAACCCUAACAACACCAACAAACAACAACAAUGGCCCCGCCGGCGCCGGAGCCUCCCCUCCACGUCAUGCUCGUCUGCUUCCCCGGCCAGGGCCACAUCAACCCUUUCCUCCGCCUCGCCAACCUCCUCGCCUCCCACGGCCUCCGCGUCACCUUCACCAUCAACCUCUCCACCGGCCGCAAAAUGAAAUCCCUCCCAUCCUCCCAGUGCCGAAGUCAGGAGUUGAAAUUAGAGCCCAACACCUCCUCCUCCCACUCCGGCGCCGUCCACUUCGACUUCUUCGACGACGGCCACGACGAGGAGUCCAUCAAGCGGGUCCCACUCGACCAGCUCAUGACCCUCCUCGAACAAACCGGUCGAAGGGCCCUACCCGAAAUGGUCCGAAAGUACGCCGAACAAGGAUCCCCGGUGUCGUGCUUCGUCAGCAACCCGUUCCUACCCUGGGUGUCCGACGUGGCAGCCACGCUGGACAUCCCCUGCGCCGUCCUCUGGAUCCAAUCCUGCGCCUCCUUCACAACCUACUACCACUUCCACAACAAACUCGCCGAGUUCCCGACUCCCGAGGACCAGGAACGCGACGUCGUUCUGCCCGGGAUGCCCAGACUCAAGCACGACGAGAUCCCCAGCUUCCUUCAUCCAACGACGCCGUAUGGGUUCCUCGCCACCGCGAUUCUCGGCCAGUUCGCCCACCUGGACAACGUGUUCUGCGUGCUGAUGGAGACUUUUGAGAGACUGGAGGAGGAAAUCAUCGGCCACGUGUCGAAAUUUUGUGAGGUGAGGCCCGUGGGCCCGCUCUGGCUUGGGGCUAAGGCUUCUGUUGGGCCGGGGGAUUUAAUGGAGGCGGAUGACGACUGUAUAGGGUGGCUGGACAGGCAGGAACCCACCUCGGUCGUGUACGUGUCGAUGGGGAGCAUCGUGGGGAUCUCGGCCCAGCAACGGGCCGAGAUGGCCUACGGGCUGAUGGGCUCGGGCCUUCCUUUUUUAUGGGUGGUCCGGCCCAGUCACGACGAGGGUGAAGAUGCCAACCUAGGCAUGCCCGAGGGGUUGGGGGAGAGGGGGAAGGUGGUUAGGUGGGCCCCGCAGGAGGCGGUGCUGGGACACGUGGCGGUGUCAUGCUUCGUGACGCACUGCGGGUGGAACUCAACGCUGGAAGCGAUCGGGAGCGGAAAGCCCGUGGUGGCUUUCCCGCAGUGGGGGGACCAGGUGACGGACGCGAAGUUUCUCGAGGAGGUUUUUCGAGUCGGGGUGAGGAUAGGGCGGGGGGACACGUGGACGAAGCUCGUUACGAGGGAGGAGGUGGAGAGGUGUCUGAGGGAGGUGACGGUGGGCCCACGGGCGGCGGAGAUGAGGGAGAACGCGACGCGGUGGAAGAGGGAGGCGGAGGCUGCGGUGGAGGAAGGAGGGUCGUCGGAGAGGAACGUGAGGGAGUUUGUGGAGGAGGUGAAGAAGAAGAGUGUGGAGAUGAUGACUAGGAGGAAGACUGAAACGACGACGUUGUAGUGGCCCGCAUUGCGGAAGGUAUAUAGAGCCAAUAAAUGGAGCACACGUGUAUGAUGAUUUUAGCCAUUUGAUUUGGUUUCUAUCACUCGCUUCUUCUGUCUAAAAUAAGGGAUUUGGUUAUUUGUUAAAUGAAGGUAUUAAGCUUAAUUUUAACUGUUACUUGACUAUAUGUGAAUUUCAAGUACAUAUUGAGAGAGAAUGAUUUUUAAAUUCUCUUCACACAAAAAAAUGACAUGUUUGUAAAUUUCUUAAUUUUCAGUUGCAAUAAAUCAGAGAAAAAUAUACAUCGCGGCACCCAUAGUCCCAUACAUAAUUUCCGAAAAUUUUGGACUUAUUUGUGAAAAUACUAAAAUUUAGAUGAUCCAAUGUAAUAGAGUAUAUGGUUAGAUGCUAAAUUAUUUUAUAUUUUAAAAAAACGGUAAUGUUUGGCCAGCAAAUUCAAAACUGAAAAGAUGAGAACUCCGAGAAGUGGGGAUUUACUACGUAGUACGUACCAAAUAUACUAUAUGUAUGCAUGCAACUGUAAAUCUACGGAAAUAAAUUGUCAAAUAAAAAAAAAUAUAUAUCUGGAAAUAAGGCAUGCAAUCACUUUUCCGAGCAUUUUCUUGACGUCACGGCAUACGAAACUGUGACAUGAUCCGUCCACACUUCCACUGAGGUAUCUCGCAUUCUCGCUGACGGCGACUCCCACCAAAACUAGAGAAAAUAAUUGGGAUCGUGAAGGGCAGGCAGACCCACAGGUGAUGACAAUUUCAACCCGCCACGUGGGUAUUAUCCGACUUGACCCGUGAUGGGACGGGUAUCACCCGACCCGCAGUAGUAUGGGGCGGGACAUGGGUAUCUAUUUCCGACAUGCCCUGCUCCACCCCGCCCCAUUCUAGACUCAUUUUAUCUCAAUUUCUUACAAUAUCUAUACAUAUUUCUCUUAUUUUGACUUUUCUUCAAAUAGUUAGAGUCAAUCUUUCAACUUGUUAGACUCAAUUAUCCAUUCAAUUAUCAAUAUUUUUCAUUCUUAAAGUGUUUUUCCCUACAUUUUAUUGUAAAAAGUAAAAUUUACUUGUAUUUUUUUGAAACACAUGUAAGGGUGGGUCGACCUGCCCCGCCCCGACCCGUUAUAGCGUGAAGCAGGGUAUGAGAAUUGAGGUACCCGCCCUGCUCCGCCCCAUUGCCAUCACUACCACAUAAUACGACCAACCAAGUAGGGCCAGGCUGGCUGGCGUCCUUUUAACUUUGUUUAUAUUUAUUUAUUUAUUGUUUGGUUUAGCUUCGAUCCGUCCAACUUAUUAAUGGAAUCAGGUUCAAGGACAAACGAAAAACAACACAAAGGAAUCAGGAAGACGACAGCGUAUCACUUUCACUAAUCAGUACUAUGGAUCGGGCUCCAAAUUGUGGAAAGCGACAAAGAAAGUUUUGGGCCAAGAAGAAGUUCACCUUGUAUCUUACGAACGCAUGGCAGCAAAUCCAACCGCAUUACCGUCUAGUAAACAGCCGAACAGAAACUUGGCCACAGGUUUCGCUUUCGCAGCAUAUUUACAAUAAAAUUGGGCCCGCUGACUAAGCCAACCUGACCAGGCCCGGCCCGGUUGUGUUUCGGAUUCAUUAGUAGUGGGCCAAUACUAAGGUGUCGCUGUGAAAAAUAGCGGCACCGGUAACGCGGCUUUCAUUGAUCCACGUGGUUGUGAUGUGGCACCAAUUCUGCUUGAUAAAUACCAACCGAACCUCCAUUGACUCGUUAGUAAUGGCCCAAACAAAGUAAUGGCGAAAGGUUCUCCGUCCAACGAGCUGUGUUGCUGUUUUUUUUUUUUUCAAUUUAUUAAAUUAAAAUCCAUGGAAAUGC